AUGGCCGGCCGCGGCGGCAGCGGAUCGCGGAGGGGCGUCGGCGUGGAACCCCUCGGGGAGCGCUGAGCCCCCCCGCCCGGCCCGAGACCACCGCCCAUGGAUCGGCUGCUGCUGCUCUGCGCUGCUCUCGCCCUGUUUCUGCCCUAUAGCGCCUCGGACAGCGCGGUGCGAUGCGGCCGUCCCAAGGAAGUGGCCAAUGCGAUCAUCGACGCGGGCGACACGGAGCUGCUCCACACCAGCCUGCGUUACACCUGCAAGCUGGGCUACAAACGCAAAGCUGGCACCUCCACCCUCAUCCAGUGCGUCCUCCAUCAUGGCAAACCUGUCUGGACGUCCACUGAGCUGCAGUGCAUUCGGGAUCCGGCUCUACCUCUGCAAACCCCAAGCCCUGAGCUCCCGACAGUGAGGACAAGCCAAAGAGGAACCAACACCACUUCAGCAGCACUGCCUGUGCCAUCACCAGAGAUAUCUGUGCCACCAGCAGUGCCUGAACCACCAGAGAUGCCUACACCAGGAGAGGGGACAGCACUGGGGACAACCCCACUGCCCACCAUCCCCAUAGACCAUGCUACAGUUUCCACCCAGACUGUGGCCUCUUCCAUUGGGGUCUCAAUUCUGCUUGUUGUUGGUGUUGCGGGAUUCUGCUACUGGAGGAUGAAAAUGCACGCGCAGCAGAGCUACGUGGUGGCGGUGACGGCCAUCCCCAUGGUGGCUCCCAAUACCACAGCACAGAACGAUGAGAUGUUGCCACCUGGUGACAUCCCCAUGGGCUGAGCACCAGCACAGAGCACAUUGGUGUAUCUACCAGCCCAGCUAGCCAGGAGGAUGCUCGAAGCUUGGUGCUUCCCCAAGUGGCAGUGGCAUGAGGCAUGUCCCCACGUCCCCAGCUGGCCUUCAAACGGAGCAUCUUCACUCCAGGGACAUGUAGCUGCUCUUCUCAGCCUGAACAAGUGGAUGGGAUCACUCCAGUGCCAAGAGGUGAGUGGUUAUUCUAUCGUUUGGCUCAACGAGCAACUCAAGUUGGCAUGAACUCAAUGCAAAUCCUAAAUGGGAGCCAAAAAUUAGGCUAAGCACCCAAGCACAAAGCAGGGCUGGAAAAGUUACCAAUCUGGGAUGCAAGGGACAGAGCAAGGCCAUUAAUACGGCACCCAUGGGUGGCCUGAGCCCAUAGAUGGUGCCCAUCCUCUUGCAGAUUGGGAGGCCAUGGUCAACGUGGUCCAAGCUGCUUGCCCUAGUAAAGGACAUUUGUGGGACGAAGGAUGAAGUUUGGGUGCUGGGGCUGGAGGCAGGCUGUGUAAGUAAAACCAUUCCCUGGCUAGGAGCAAGGCCUGCUGGACACCAGCCCCAUCCUUAGAGGUGCUUUAACCCCAAAUUGCCCCCCAAACACAGAAAGCAGCACUGCUUAGGGUCAACAGAGAGCCGGGUGAGUAUCCCCCCAUUGUACCUUGACUCCCUCCCUGCUCUCUUCCAGCAUUCAGUCAUGAACCAGCAACCACAGCAAAGGGCUUCAGCUCUAUCACCAGUUCAGAGGUCAUCCCCUCGUCCACACUCAGGGAUCUUCGGGGGCAAUUUCAGCACCGAUGCCAGCUGCUCGCAGGGGACUGCACGUGGGAGUGAUUUGCUACAAGCACUACCAAAGCCUGAAGACAAGGACAUGGCAAUGAUAUCUGUUGUUAUCCACUAAUUUCCCUCCCCCCUUGCUACAAACUAGAGGUUUUGUACUGAUGUUUUAUACAUAAAGGGUAUAUAUUAUAAUGUAAAAAUA